AAUUAGGAAUUGAACUAAACUAAAUUUCAACUGAAAAUACCCUUAAUUAUUUCAAUCCAUCCAAUUUUACUGUUGUCCAAAUAGGUUCGAAAAUACAUUUGUGUGAAUUUUGUAAACGAUGAGCGAAAAAAAUCGGCGGCAACGAAAAAAAAACAAAUAAAGAAAAAACCCUUAUCCAAUAUACUCCCUCCAUUUUGAGUGUGCAAUUGAAAAAAAAGAUUAGGAUGGCGUUGAGCGCUUCAUCUUCAAUGGCGGCCCAAUUUCACACGCUUCCAAACUCCCACCACCAUCACCGCCUUCUUCUCUCCUCGCCGCCGCUCUCCUCCGCCGCAUUCAUCUCUCGCUCUAAUGGCUUCCAACUCUCUCUUCCACUUCGCCCUAGAAACCCUAAAAACCGCACCAUUUCAAAAUCAUCAUCAUCAUCAGUUGUUAAAGCAUCUGCAAAUUCUUUGGUAGCAUUGAUUUUUGAUUGCGAUGGUGUAAUCUUAGAGUCUGAGGACUUGCAUCGUCAAGCUUAUAACGAUGCUUUCGCUUUCUUCAAUGUUCGUUGCCCUUCUUCUUCUUUGGAUGGACCUCUUGAUUGGGAUAUCGAGUUUUAUGAUGUUCUUCAGAAUCAAAUUGGUGGUGGAAAACCUAAAAUGCGUUGGUACUUCAAGGAGCACGGGUGGCCAACUUCGACGAUUUUUGAGACACCUCCAGAAAAUGAUACUGAUAGAUCAAAAUUGAUAGAUAUCAUUCAGGAUUGGAAAACAGAAAGGUACCAAGAAAUUAUCAAGUCUGGUUCUGUGCAACCGAGACCUGGAGUUUUGAGAUUGAUGGAUGAAGCUAAGGCUGCUGGUAAGAAGCUAGCUGUGUGCUCUGCUGCAACCAAAAGUUCAGUUAUACUCACUCUUGAGAGUCUAAUAGGACUAGAUCGCUUCCAUGGUCUUGAUUGCUUUCUUGCAGGCGAUGAUGUCAAAGAAAAGAAACCUGAUCCAUCAAUUUAUCUUGCUGCUGCCAAGAAGCUAGGUGUGUCGGUGGACGACUGUUUGGUAGUGGAAGAUAGUGUCAUUGGCCUCAAGGCUGCAACAAAGGCUGGAAUGCCCUGUGUAAUAACCUACACAACAUCCACAGCUACCCAGGAUUUUACAGAUGCAAUUGCAACUUACCCUGACUUGAGUUCUGUAAGAUUGAGUGAUUUGGAGGCACUGCUGCAAAAUGUAGUUGCCGCAGGCUAGCUAAGUAAAGAAAGGGCUCGGAAACUGUACAUAAUGUGCAGGACUGCAGGGUUAUCACCUUACAGAAGUUGAUGUUGAAAUUCCAAUUCAUUAUACACCGCAAUUUAAUCGUGUAAGAUGUAAAAAACGGUGGUGUAAUUAUUGUGUUAAUCCAAAUGUUGUUCAUUUUACUGGUAUGUUGCUGCUACCAGCUUUUUUCUUAUACUGUAUUUUUUUACCUUUUAA